AUGGACCACACCAACCCCCUUGCUCCACAGGCUGGCAGCACCAGUGAGAUGGCCCAGGCCGAUGACAGCGAGGCGACCGACACCGGUCGUCAGGUACUGAGCAAAGAGGUCUCUGAAGAGACUGUUGCCUUCAUGGUUGAUGUUUCUCGCCAGCUCUUCCCGCACCACUUGCGAGUGAACCACGCAACCGCGGCAGUGACUACUCUGAAAGAGUAUCACUUCACCCUCUUGAUGAGGGAAACCUUUGAGUCAUACGCCACGGACCGCCUCCAGGACUUUGCGGACAUCCGCAUCUCCCUUCACGAGUUCCUCCAGGAGGACCCCCAGCACAAGCCGCUGGCAGAGCGCUUCUGCCGUCUCAUGGGCCUCUGGCUUCUGGAUGGACACAACAGGCGCCAGCAGGAGAUGUUGGAGUCAGAGCAGCGAAUGAUUCGUCAGAGGGAGGAGCGGAAGACCAAGGCUGGGAACAAGAAGAACGCCAGGAACAACUAG